CUCUUUCACUCUACAAACCCUACAUCUUCUUUCUCUCGUACAACCAGCUGCCCAACAUCCUUUUUCUUUUCUCUCAGGACCAUUUCGGAAGGCUCUUUGUUGCCAUUCACGGCGGGCAGGAGCUGCCUCACGGAGUUUACCAUCGCCGUUUGUGCUAAACAUGGGUUGUGUUCGCUUAGGGCGGGGCUGGGCUUGCAAUGUUGCCGUUCAUGGAGGACGAAGUUAGGCUCGGAGGUGGCUGGAAACAGAAUUGGGCUCGCGGAUUGCAUUAUCUCCGUUCGGGGAGGAGGGGGCUAGGCUCGUUGAGGUGAGGGUUAGGCUUGCGGAGGUGGCUAAAAAUGGUGUUCACGGUGUGGUACUACGUAGCUGUGUUACUCACCGUUCUUACCAGCUCUCAGGGAAUAUUGACUAUUCUUUCCCAAAGCAAUGGCAAUGGCAAGUACAUGUAUGACUAUGCAACUAUUUCAUUUCUUACUGAAGUGUUCAAGCUAUUAGUCUCUAGUUUACUACUAUGGAGAGAAUGCCAAGCAUCACCUUCUACACGAAUGACUACAAAUUGGAAAAGCAUGCGCUUAUAUCCUAUUUCUUCAAUCAUAUAGGAUAUACAUGGCAGGCUAAAACUCUACUUGGUUAUUUAAGAGAACCAAGACAAUUAUAUAAGACAACCAAGGCAACAAGAAAUUCUUUUUCAAGUUGUUGGGCAUUAUUUUCUUUCUUGUUUGUAAGAAUUAUGUACAAUGAUGAUUUGAUGUAUUAUUUACAUUGAGAAUAAUGAAUUUUUCUUGAGAAUUAUAAUGAAUUUUUAUUGAGAAUUAUUUAGUCACAAA